AUGUCUCAAAUUAUAUCUCAAAUCUAUUACAAGUUUAAAAGUGCCAAAGAUUACGAUACACUUACCUUCGAUGGGCUGGGUAUCUCUGUAUUUGACGUCAAAAAGGAAAUUCUGACUGCAAAAAAAUUAAAGGGAAAUGACUUUGACAUUAUAGUAUCUCACGCUGAAUCGGGUGAAGAUUAUCAAGAAGAUACUGCGACCAUACCAAGAAAUACCCCAAUUGUAGUAAAGCGCGUCCCAACUAAACCUGGGAAAGGGACCGCACAUCGUUAUUUGGAAGGUGGAGGACCUACAACGCAACGUAAUUAUGUAACUAAUAACAGAGGAAGUAUAGUAUCCGCUAACGGGUCUAUGUCAAAAACAUUUGACCCAUCAAAGCAGCCUCAACAGGUGUCUCGUUUAACUCCAACUCCUGCUACUCAGCAAACAAACGAGCAUCAGACAGAAGAUGAUAAAAUUCAGGCAAUGUUUGCACAAUCGAAAGAGUUUUGGGAAAUAACUCAAGAGCAGAUGGCUUCAAAACCAGCGCUUCGAAGACCUAAUCAAGUUCGUCCAUCAGUCAAGCCACCGGUUCAAAAAACUUUGCCGCCAAAUUAUGUAUGCUAUAGAUGUGGACAGAAAGGCCACUGGAUUCAAGCAUGCCCGACAAAUGGUGACAGAUCCUUUGAUCAUAUGAAGGUCAGAAAAACAACUGGUAUACCGAGAAGUUUUUUACAAAAAGUAGAACAAGUGCCACCAGGGAAAGGCGUUCUUGUCACACAAGAUGGCAACCUGGUUAUUGCACAAGCAAAUGAGGCUGCUUGGCAAAAGUUUCACGCUCGUCAGAAAUCAUAUGUAACAUCUAAUGAAGUUCUAGAAGAUACGCUACCGAUUCCAGCCGAACUUCAAUGCAUGCUAUGUUCUCGACUUCUGAAAGAAGCUGUUAUUACUCCGUGUUGUCGGGCUUCAUUUUGUGAUGAAUGUAUUCGCCAUGCUCUAAUUAAUCCCGAACAAGACGAUCAACAAUUCAAGUGCCCAAAUUGUCAAUCUCAUUUGGUACCCGAUGAGUUAGUACCAAACAAGGCGGCGCGGGAGGCAGUCGAUGGUCAUCUAAGGGAUUGGGCUAGACGUAGGAACGAACCCACUGUUCCGGAACCUAAUGAGGAUGAUGAAGGAAAUAAUAUGGAAAUGUUAGAAGAUCCUCUGGUAGCAAACAAUAACGUAGAUCUAUCUGUGGAAAAAGAUACUACAGAUUCAUUAAAUGAACUUGUAAAAACAGAAGAAAAGGAAAAAAGCGCAAGUGGUUUGUCAGAGACGGGACUUGAUAGUGUAGAAAAUUCUAGUCAAUCUCCUCAAAUUUCAAAAGCAAAAACCGAGUUGAAUGCUAAAACGGAGUUACCAAAGAAACCAACGCAUGAUCUUCCGCCUAUCCCACAAUCGCAAAUACCAACACAUCAGUCUCAAUCACACUCAUCACAACAAUCGCAACAUUUUCAACAGUCACAAAUGCAGCGACAUCAAUAUUCAAAUACUUCAGGAAAAUCUUUUGGCCAAAAUCCUGUAGCAUCACAGGGGUAUGGACCAUUUGGUUAUUAUAAUGAUUAUGGAUUUGGUUAUGAUCAAAAUCAAGGAUAUUGGUAUGACGAAGUUUAUCCUCAAAUGGGUAUGAAUAUGAUGAAUGGGCCAGGUUAUUAUGACCCAUCAUACUUCGAUUCAGGGUUUUAUCCCGCAGAACCAUUCCCUUCACAACCACAAUUUAUGCCACAUUUUAGACCACCGGUAUACGACGAAUUCUGGGAUAAUAGGCCAAUGAUGCCACCACAAGGCAACUUUGUGCCGUUUGCAGGAAAUAUGGGUGGAAUGGGAGGUAGUGCAGGAAUGCAACCAUUCAGAGGAGGCAAUUUUCGUGGAGGGUUUCCACGUGGAAAUUUUCCGAAUCGUGCUCGUGGCCGCGGAAGAGGUUCUAGCCCAGGAUUUUUCAGUGAUCGCUCAUCAUUUGCUAGUGGGCGUGGAAUGGGUGAUUUCAGACGAGAAUCAAGCGUUCCGCCUUCGAUUGGAAGACGAGAUAUGUCUGAUUAUCGUGAUGAGGAAGAAGAUCGACUUGUAGAUGAUUUUGGACGUGAUUUAGCACGACGUAAAUCGUCUGCAUCGCGUAUUUCUGCCGAAAGAGACGUCGAAGUUCGGGAUAAAAGAUCUCCUUCAAGACAUGAACGUUCAUCUCCUGAUGCUCGACGAAAAACAUCGAUAUCUUCAAGGCGUCGCAGUCGUAGUCGGGAGGUAUUUGUUGACAGAAAAGAAGAUCGUCGAUAUUCUGCAGACCGCCGAUAUUACGAUGACCGUCGGUAUUCCAUGCCUGAAAAAAGGGAAGAUAGGCGUGAGUCUAAUUUAUCUGAACGAAGAGAAAGUAGACGAGAUUCUAAUUUGUCUGAGAGGAGAGGCGACAGGAGAAGCUCCGUUAUAUCAGAAAGGAGAGAUGAUAGACGUGAAUCAACAAAUGAUAGACGUGAAUCAACAAACGAGAGACGAGAUGACCGUCGUGAAUCAUACAAUUCACGUUACGAAAAAUCUGGAUCUAUUAACGAAAGGAGAGAUCCUAAACAUGAUUCAAUAGAUGAUCGAAAAGAAGACAAUCGUAAUAACUCUUUGUCUAAUGAACGACUUGAUUACGAAGAUACUAAAAACCGGUCUCGAACGAGAUCACCGGUUGAUAGAUCAAUGAAUCAUGAGAAUGGCAAAUCCGAAUAUCAUAGUUCCAACCACAAUAUUGACACGGAUAUGCCAAAUGACAGGGUCAGUCUUCCAGCGUCUACUGAACAACUCUCAGAAGAUAUUGACCGUCGAACGCGGUCGCGCUCUCCCAAACCAAUACUAGCUCCUGAAGAAUUAGUGCCUGAUGACGGAAUAUAUGACGAUGACAACGUUAUCGACGUAUCCACAAAUGAUGAUGACACUCUGUUACUGGAUGAUGAUAGAAUGUCUGUGAAUGAUGAUAGACCUACUACGCCUCCUUCCCCUGAAAAAUACCCUCCUUCAUCGCCUGAAAAACGACGUCAUUCAUCAUCUCAUAAACAUCGAAGUAAAUAUCAUCGUUCACAUCAUCGACACGAAUCUCCGGAAAAAGAUGAUCACGACAGAAGGGGGUCUCGAUCUAAGCAUUUGAAUGCUUCUUCCAAAGAUGAUUAUCGUAGUAGUAAUCAUAAACAUAAAAAGCGUCAUAUAUCAUACCAUCAAAGUCGACACAGUCAUAGUAACAGAACUAAAGAUG